GUUCCGUCUUUGUUUCUGCAACUUCUGGGCAUUUUCGUGUUCCGUCUUGAACUCUACUCCGGGAGUAACAAUGGCGUCUGUUGCCGUACAACAUGCGACGGUUUCCGAUAAGGUUAAUGGCUUGGAGAAUAGUUGUUGCAGCAAGGGACCGGGAUAUGCGUCUCCACUCGAAGCCAUGUCUGGUCCUAAAGAAUCUAUUCUAUAUGUGGCUUGUGUUUAUUCAGGAACAGGAAUAGAGAAGCCUGAUUACUUGGCUACAGUGGAUGUAGAUCCAAGCUCACCUACUUAUUCAAAAGUUAUCCACAGACUGCCUAUGCCUUACUUACAUGAUGAACUACAUCAUUCUGGUUGGAAUGCCUGCAGUUCUUGCCAUGGAGAUCCAUCGGCCAACCGUCGCUUUCUGGUCCUCCCAUCACUGGUUUCAGGUCGCAUAUAUGCAGUCGACACGAAGAAUCCAAGGGCUCCGUCUUUGCACAAAAUUGUUGAACCCGAAGAGAUUGUAGCAAAGACUGGAUUAGGAUAUCCCCACACUUCCCACUGCCUUGCAUCUGGAGAUAUGAUGGUGUCUUGCCUCGGAGAUAAAGAUGGAAAUGCUAAGGGGAAUGGAUUUCUUCUUCUUGAUUCAGAGUUCAAUGUUAAGGGGAGGUGGGAGAAACCAGGCCAUAGUCCACUCUUUGGAUAUGAUUUCUGGUACCAACCACGCCAUGGGACUAUGAUAAGCUCUUCGUGGGGAGCUCCAGCUGCUUUCACAACAGGAUUCAAUCUUCAGCAUGUUUCAGAUGGUCUGUAUGGAAGACAUUUACAUGUCUACAGCUGGCCUGGUGGUGAACUAAAACAAACCAUGGAUCUUGGCAAUACAGGGCUACUACCAUUGGAGACCAGGUUCUUGCAUGAUCCUUCAAAAGAUACAGGAUUUGUAGGGUGUGCCUUAUCAAGCAACGUGGUCAGAUUUUUUAAGACUGCAGAUGGAUCAUGGGAUCAUGAGGUUGUCAUAUCUGUGCAACCACUGAAGGUGAAGAACUGGAUUCUUCCAGAGAUGCCUGGGCUUAUAACCGAUUUUCUUAUAUCUCUUGAUGAUCGUUUUCUCUAUUUUGGGAACUGGCUUCAUGGAGAUAUCAGGCAAUAUAACAUCGAGGACCCUAAGAAACCAGUAUUGACAGGCCAAGUGUGGGUUGGGGGAGUGAUUAAAAAAGGGAGCCCUGUAGUGGCUGUAACAGAAGAUGGGACAGAGCAACAAUUUGAUAUCCCAGAAAUCCAGGGUCAUCCUCUGAGGGGAGGGCCUCAGAUGAUCCAAUUAAGUUUAGAUGGAACGAGGCUCUAUGUUACCGGCUCUCUCUUCAGUAAAUGGGAUCGCCAGUUCCACCAAGACCUUGUAGAGAAAGGUUCACAUAUGUUACAGAUCGAUGUCAACACAGAGAAAGGAGGCCUAACAAUAAACAAAGAUUUCUUUGUGGACUUUGGAGCUGAGCCUGAAGGGCCUUCCCUGGCACAUGAGAUGAGGUAUCCAGGAGGUGACUGCACUUCGGAUAUAUGGAUCUGAGGAUUGUGA